AUUUACAGUAUAAUCCUCAAUUCCUCACCCUUCGUCUUCCUCUCUUCUCUUCUCUUCUCUUCUCCUCUCCAUUCCUUCUCUGCAUUCUUCUUCCCUGGCUUCAUCGUACUUUUCUUCGAUCCCCAUCGCCUCUUUCUUCUCAGAUUCCGUCCCGGAACAGCUUGAUCGUCGUCGUCAAAUUGGCGUCUUCUUCUUCCGCGGCUUCUUCGGAGACGCAAGCGCGGGCCAAUUUCGCACAAGCACGAACAAUUGCUUCGAUUGUCGAUUAUUUGUUGUUCUUAACAACUAGGAAUUACCGUGUUCAUCAUCUCCUUGGGCAGAUAUACACAGGAAACGGCUAAAGGGGAGUUCUCUGCGUCAUGAGGGAUCAUAGCCUUGGAUACACGCUAGAUGAAGCACUUACGUCGGUGGGGUUCGGGACAUUCCAGGGUCUUGCACUAGUUUUCGCGGGGAUCGGUUGGUUUUCGGAAGCUGUGGAAGUCAGUCUCCUCUCCUUCAUAGGACCAGCCCUGACGACGGAAUGGUCUCUGUCGCCUACUGCAGAGAGCCUUCUCUCGACUACUGUUUUUGGUGGAAUGCUUUUCGGAGCAUGUUUUUGGGGCUUCAUAUCCGACGCCUAUGGCAGAAGGACAGCAAUUCAACUUGUAAGCUUAGGAAUGUUUGGAUCUGGCCUUUUGAGUGCCUUUUCACCUGAUUAUAAAACAUUGGCGGCUCUUCGCUUUUUCAUGGGAUUUGGUGCUGCUGGUGGGCAUGUGUUUUUAUCUUGGUUUCUUGAGUUCUUGCCGAGUUCUAACAGAGGUACUUGGAUGCUUGUUAUGACAUGUUCCUGGAUCUUUGGAGAAAUGUUGGAGGCUUCACUUGCUUGGGUUAUAAUGCCAAGACUGGGUUGGAGAUGGUUGCUUGGUUUUUCAUCUAUCCCAUCUUUGACACUCUUUCUCAUUUCAAAUUUCACACCCGAGUCCCCCAGAUACCUAUUCACGGCCGGAAAGACAAAUGACGCAAUGAGAAUUUUAGAAAAAGUUGCUAGGAUCAACCGUAAGGAGCUUCCAAAUGGAUAUCUUAUUGCUGAUCAAAAUGUGCAGGUGGACGAAGAGAAAGUCCCUUCGGAGCAAACUACACUUCUCACUUCAAGCACCAGCAAGAUAAGAAGUUUAGAGAAAUCCCUUAAAUCUAUUUGUGAACUCUUUGCACCCGAUUUAUAUGUAACCACCCUCCUUUUGUGGGGUCUGAAUUUCGCCUACACAUUCGCAUACUAUGGGAUUCAAUUGAUGGUCUCUGCUUUGAGCAGCAGGCAAAACGAUUGCCAGUCAACUCCUUCCAUAUUCAACACAAUGGACACCGGUAUCUACAUCAACGGUUUCAUCACUUGCUCGGCAGAACUUCCUGGGCUGCUUCUUGCAGUGAUUCUUGUCGACAGAAUAGGCCGCAAGCCUUGCUUGGAAGUCCUUACAGUCCUAUCCCUCAUUUUCAUGGUACCAUUGCUGUGGCCACAAGGUGGACUAGUGACCACAUCUUUACUAAUCUGCAGUCGAAUGUUCCUUUCAGCAGCAUUCGAGACAUUAUGUGUCUAUUCAACAGAGGUGUAUCCAACCUCUGUGAGGGCUAGAGGCUUCGGAAUUUCUAGCGCAGUUGGGAGAAUCGGGGGAAUGUUGUGUCCUCUGGUUGCUGUAGGAUUGGUGAGGGGAUGCCAUCAAACACUGUCUGUAAUCCUCUUUGGGGUGGUUACAUUCUUGUCUGGAAUCUUUGUCAUGUUCUUCCCAUUGGAGAUGAGGAAGAGAGGACUCGCCGAUGUCGUCGCUAGCGAGCAAUGAAUCAAAGAUUCAGGCCCCCUCAGGUGCCCCUCUUUUAUAAUGGGCACAAUUUUCAUUCAAGAUUAUUGUGUAGCAUGAAAAAUAUGCCAAUUAUAUCUGUGUAGCAGUAUAUAUAUAUAUUUCUUGAAGUUAUUUUGAUGUUAUAUAUUAUGGAUGGUGCUGUGGAGCACAGUUUUCCGUUGCAGAGAUGGUAGUCUGUAGCUGAAACCUUGUUUAUUUGAUUGAACAAUGCUACAUUUAUUUUGUUUGUGAAGUUGCUACUACUACUAUAUAAGUGUUUGUUGAAAUCGAUUCGAUUUUUUUUUA